CGAGAACAAUAUCGCCAACAGCUUCCUCAACGCCGAGGUCUUCCUCCUCUGGACACUCUCCUCCCUCCACCGCCUCGUCCUCUCCCACGCAUGCUCCUUCCCCACGUGCAUCUCCUGCGAGCUCAAGUUCCUCUUCCGCAUGUUCGACCAGGGUCUGCAGGAGCGUUCUCCGGGCAUCGUCGUCCACGCCACCAACUUCUACCGCCUCCUCGCCCACCUCACCGACUCCGUCGCCUUCGGCAUUCUCGACGACCCCGCCUGCAUUCCCGCCCUGUACCUCCGUUUCCACUUUUUCACCCAGACGCGCCGAGCGGUUUCUACGAUUCGUUCUCACGCGCGUUCUCGCCGAACUCGCGCCCGCCUUCCCCGCGGGAAUGCUCGCCUCCCUCUUCGGCGUCGUUUCCUCCCUCCGAUUCGCCUGUCCCCGCGGCCACACGAUCCUCAAAUCCGCAACCUCCGUCGUCACCGAGUUCCGAUGGAGCGCAGAGAACCGCGGUUAUCUGGCCACCGUGCAGCGGUCGCUUGUUCCCGCGCGCACCACUUUCUGGUGCGACCAGUGCAGGCGGGAAACCGCGGGAACCGUGCAGCUCGCGGAGCUCUCCCUCCCGCGGUAUUUGAUCUUCGUCAUGGCGCAGCCUCCCGCGGAAAUCGCGCAGGUUUGGCCGAGGAACACAAUUCAGGGUAGAGUUGGCGCGAAAACCGCGGGUAUUUCGAGGAACGGUUCGAAGUGGCGCGGACGGAGGCGGGGCUGGCGGUGGAGCGUGCGUUCCCCGCGGGGAUCGAGAGCGUGCGUUUCGAAAUCGAAGGCGUGCUGUCGCUCAUCUCGGAGGCGGGUGAAAAAACCGCGGGACUGCACCACUUGGUGCUGCACUCGCUGCAGCGAACCGCGGGGAAGACGGCGUGGUUCUCGUUCAACGACUACUGCAUCGCGGAAAUUCCCGCGGAAACGCCCGGGGAAACGGCCGUGGAAACGGCCGUGGAAACGGCGCUGGACUUCACGCAGCCGUGGCGCGCGCCGGUCUGCUUCGUCUAUCGAAACUGCAGCGCGCCCGAGGACAUGGACGCGGAGGGGCGCGACGACAUGCAGGCCGACAUGCAGGCCGACAUGCAGAGCGAGGCGAAGAAGAAAGAAGAAACGGAGAAGGAAGGGGAGGGAAGGGAAACGCGGAGUGGAAACGGGGAAACGAAAAGGGAUGGGGAGGGGAACACAGAGCCCAUGGCCCCAUCGGAGACACAAUCAGAGACACAAUCAGGGACACAAUCAGAGACACAAUCAGAAACACAAUUAGUGACACAAUUAGUGACACAAUCAGAAACACAAUCGAAUCCUACUGAUAAUAAUCCCAACCAUAAUCACAAUACAGAGCCCACUUCCCAAUCUACUUCCAAUUCUGCCCCCACUGUUUCCACUGUUUCCACUGCUUCCACUGUUUCCACUGUUUCCACCGCUUCGACCCCCGGUUUCCCUGUUUCCCUGCGCAUCGGUCUUCCCCCCUCGCUCCCCUCGCUUCCCUCUCCCUCCUCUUCUCUCCCCUUCUACACGCCCAUUUCCCUCGCUUCCCCGUCCCCCGGCUACCGCCGCCUCUCCCCCGCGGAGCUCCCCGGCGCGGGCGACCUCGUGGCCAUCGACUGCGAGUUCGUGGCGCUGAACUGCGAAGAAGCCGAAGUUCUGCCCGACGGCCAUCGCAUCGUCAAGAAGGAGGCCAAUCUCCAGCUCGGACGCGUCACCUGCCUCACCAGCGAGCUCCGCGUCGUCUUCGACGACUACAUUCUCUGCGAGGACCCCGUCGCCGACUACCUCAGCCGCUUCAGCGGUCUUUCCCGCGAGGAUCUUGACGUCGAGACCAGCCAGCACCAUCUCGUCCCGCUCAAAGACGCGUAUUCCCGCCUGCGCCGCUUGGUGGACCGCGGCUGCGUGUUCGUCGGGCACGGCUUGGCGAAGGAUUUUCACACGAUCAACAUCUUCGUGCCGCCCAAACAAAUCGUGGAUACCGUCGAUAUUUACUACCUGCCGAGGAAUCGGAAAUUGUCGCUGAAGUAUCUCGCGAAGGUCGUGCUGAACCAGAAUAUACAGGAAGGAAAUCAUGACAGUCAUGAAGAUGCGCGCGCGGCCAUCCAGCUCUAUUAUAAGCAUCUGGAGUUGGUGAAGCAAGGGAAGUGGGAAGAGACGCUGAAGCGCGUGUAUGAGGUCGGAAAACAGUGCAAUUACUAUGGAUUCGUGAACUCCAUGUCGCCCAGAGAUAUUACUGUAGCAUACGUGAAGACGGGAGAACCGAUGGAUAAGGCGGGAGGUUAUGGAAUCCAGGGAAUUGGCGGCUGCCUCAUCACAGGAAUCAAGGGCGAUUAUUACAAUGUGAUGGGCUUCCCCCUGAAUCGGUUCUGCAGCGAGCUCAACACUCUGUUAAAAGAAGAAAUGUUGUCUGUUUGUUAA